AGAUUUUUCGCACGUUUAUGAAUAACCUAAGACUAAGGACACGCCACCCGCUUACUGCUCAGGCGAAUGUAGUUGAACGCGCGCUCACGGUGAAACAACACUUGCCAGAGUUAUGCGACUGUUAUAGUGCCUCAGUGAACUCGGUUUAAACUCAGUGACGAUGGCCUCUCAGUGGAUCCCACCCGACAUAAGCCAAAUAUGUGCUGAAGCAACCGCGCCGCUGACCCAAUGUUCCCAAACAGGGUUCCUCUAUUUGACUCUUCUUGCACAACUGUUCGGACGCUCAAUAGAUGACGACGCUUACCCUAGAAGAAACCCAUAUUUGAGUGCUCCUAGCUCGAUCGGGUCAAGUUUCGAAACAAGUUUUCUACAGCAAGUUCCAUUAGGACCGACACCUUUAAAAUUAAACCCGGAAAUUAACGCGCCUCCCUUAGGCCCUCUCUUGCCGAGCUCCACAAUCAAUCAAUACAAAUCACCGAAUGGCGAAAGUUAUCUCAUGCAAACGUUCUAUUUGAAACCGGAUAAACAGGAGCCUAAAUUCGAAUUCGGAAGGAAAUUCGAGCAUCCGUAUUCGAAGUUUGAUAAACCGUUUGAGUUCGGAUUUAAUGAAAACAGAUAUUUUGAUCCGGUUAUAGCUGACUCUAAGAAAAUACCGGUGGCCGUAGAGAAGAAAACGAUGAAACGCAGAAAAAAAAGACAGGCGCCAGAAGAAUAUGACUUUAUCAUAGUCGGUGCCGGAUCGGCGGGGUGUGUUCUCGCAAAUCGUUUAUCUGAAGUUAAGAAGUGGAAGAUACUCCUUCUAGAAGCGGGUCCCGAGGAACCGGAGGUAGCUAGCGUGCCUGCGCUGGCGCCGGUUUUAGCAGCGUCCAGUAUUGACUGGGGCUACCGAACGCAACCGGAAGAGUUGACUUGCCUGGCUCAAAGAGGUCGCACUUGUGCUUGGACUAGGGGGAAAACUAUGGGCGGCUCGAGUGCGGUAAACUACAUGGUCUACAUGAGAGGCAACAAGGCUGACUAUGAUGGAUGGGCCGCCGCUGGAAACCCGGGUUGGAGCUAUCAAGAGGUGCUACCUUAUUUCAAGAAAGCGGAGAACAAUCGGGAUAUCGAAUCACACAACACACACUAUCAUUCUGUCGGCGGUCCGCUUAAUGUGGAACGAUUUCCAUAUAUGGAUAACAAUGUUUUAAUGUUAGUGGAGGCAUUCAGAGAAAGAGGUCUACCGGUCACUGAUUUUAACGGAGAACACCAAUUAGGAACAGAUGUAGCUCAAUCAACGUCACUUCACGGUAGAAGAUUUUCCGUGAAUGCAGCCUACAUCAGACCUAUACGACACAUUAGACCAAAUUUGAAAAUAGAAAGUCAGGCGUAUGUCACUAAAAUUCUUAUCAACCCGGUAACCAAAACUGCUAUCGGAGUAGAGUAUAUCAAACAUCACGCAGUAUUCACUGUAUAUGCCGGUAAAGAAGUUAUUGUAAGUUCAGGUCCAGUCAAUUCCCCAAAGUUACUGAUGCUUUCCGGCGUAGGGCCUGAAGAGCAGUUAGCACAUCAUGGUAUACCAGUAUUAUCUAAUCUGAGAGUAGGUUAUAAUCUACAAGAUCACGUUACGACGGAUGCGUUAGUUAUUUCUCUUUCAAACAAAACUUCAACUCUAGUGGAUGGUCAUCAACUACUGAGUGAGCAUUAUGAUUAUUCUAGACAGCAUUCACAUAAACACGGACCUUUAUCAUCUAGCAGUACGUUAAAUGCCGUGGCGUUCAUUAAGACAGAAUUUUCCGAACAAGGCUUGCCUGAUAUUCAGUUUCACUUUGACGGCAGAGUCGUGGAAGAAUUUUAUGCUGAUCCGCCAUCGUCCUUAGCAAGUAAUAUCUUUCCUUUAGCAUUUUAUAAUGGAUUGGCAGCGAGGCCCUUACUUUUAGUACCAAAAAGUAGAGGAUACGUGACCCUUAACUAUACUGAUCCUCUUUUCGGUUCACCACUUAUAUAUCCCAGGUUCUUUACUCACCGGCUUGACAUAGAUACGUUAGUAUCUAGCAUGAGGUUUGCUGUAUCUUUGGAAGAAACUCCUGCGUUUAAGCAUAGCGGCGCUUCUUUUGUAAAGAUUCCCGUACCUGGAUGUGAAGGUUUCUUGUGGGGAUCUAAUGAGUAUUUUACUUGUUUGCUAACACACUAUACAUCUACCAUAUAUCACCCUGCUGGUACUUGUAAAAUGGGUCCUAGUUGGGAUACCGAGGCUGUAGUGGACCAUAAACUGAGAGUGUAUGGUAUAAAGAGGUUAAGGGUCAUAGAUUCUUCAAUUAUGCCUCAGAUUAUUAGAGGAAAUUUAAAUGCACCUACAGUAAUGAUUGCUGAAAAAGCUUCUGAUAUGAUUAAGGAAGAUUAUUUUUCAUUUUAACUUAUUUACCUAAUUUAAUUAUUAGAAUUACACAAUAGAAGAACUAUGUACAAAAUGAAGAAAUACA